GUUAUCUGUCUGACUGUCAAAUCUCGGACUUCCCCUGUUGGAAACAGACCCUCCGGGAAUGUCGGGAAAAGGAGCAGACUCUGCGCACCAACUGGAAAAACCGCGUCGGGGUUAUGAGCCAGUUGCAGCACGAAGUCGGGAACAUUCUGUGUGACGUGCAUUCCUGCAACGGAGUGGUCAUUGCUGGGUACACGUCGGGCGAUGUGAAGCUGUGGGACACGCGCACCUGGGACUAUUCGGCCCCCAUCCUGGAACCGGAGCACGGCUCGGUGGAGCCUGGCCCCCGGCCACAUGCCUCCUUUGUGAGAAUAAACAGCUCCCUGGCUGCGUCAGCGUACGAGGACGGGUCAGUGAAAGUGUGGAGCCUGCUGGUCGGUUCUGAGCCAAUCCACCGGUACCAGCACAACCAGAAGGUUCAGACUAUGGCCCUUUCAACCGAGGGGGCCACGGUAGCGACGGCAGCCGGGUUCCAGGUUAGAGUGGAAAGUGCCAACGACAAAGGAUACUGGGGGACUCUGGCAGAGUUUGAGAUUCAGAAAUGGAUCCUCCUCUACAACGUGGAAACGGGGCAGUGUGUAACGCAACUCGGAGGUCCUUUGGGUGACUUCACGUGCCUCAACCUCCAGGAGAGCCCCCCCAACAUGCUGGUAGCUGGAAAUAAAGUCAGAAGGGUAAUGGUGUAUGACCUCCGCAGGAGCGAGCCUGUGUCCUCAUUUCACGGCCAUCAGUUGGGGGUCUCGGGGGUGCAGAUGGACGACUGGAAGGUGGUCAGCGGAGGCGAGGAAGGGCUGGUCUGCGUGUGGGACCAGCGCAUGGGUAGCAAGCUCUGGGAAAUGCAUGCCAGGCACCCAGUUCGCCACCUCCGGUUCAACUCCCACAGUCUCAUCACGGCCAACGUCCCCAAUGAAAAAACUCCCCGAGGUGCCAGCAUCACGGACGAUGAUUUGACCGCUCACCGAAGGCAUCGAGGUAUCAUCUACUCCUACGAGUUCUUCGUGGACCAACUGGUGGCAGAGAGCGUCCUUCCUAUCUGCCGUUCCUCAUACAACGAAACGACGGGCUACAACUACAAUAUUGGCCUUGUGGUCCCCUACGACAACAUCUAGGCAGCGCGGGAAGAAGAAGAAGGGAAGGCCAAAAGUCAUGGUUGUCCCAAAGGUGCUUUUUCCAAGAGGCAGCUGGACUUUCUGGUUGUUGUUGUUUGUUGUUGCUGUUUUCUCAACUGAGCAGCUUUUUGGAUGAGAAGCGAAACGUCUUCAAGGGAAAGAAAAGCCCAGUGGCCUCUUGGAAAAGCACCUUUGGGCAAAGACCAACUAAGCUGGACUCUGGAGAAGGGGAACCCCCCAAGGAUGGAGGUCUUGGGAGGGGACUCGGGCUGCCAAGCAGGCAGCAUCAGAAGGGGGACGCGUGGAGUCUCCCCAAAGCUCUAAUAACAGCACUGUAGGAACGAAGAGAUGGUGGCCCGCAGGAACCAUGAUAGAUAGGCAAGAACCAGGAAGUAAUAACAAAGGCUGUAGCCCCAAAAUCAGGAGAUAGUAACAAUGGACAGUAGCCCAAGAAUCAGGUGGUAAUAACAAAGGCUGUAGCCCAAGAACCAGGAGGUGGUAAUAAAGUCUGUUCCCCACACGUACAGAGACCACAGUGGGGGCAAAGGGGGUGUCCAUUCCUUGCACCUGUUUCAGCGCUGCUUUUCUGGAGCA